AUGUCAAAAAAAGGUGACGGUCAGAAGCGGGGAACUUCUCCAGUGAACGAAAACCCACCGCCGGUAGUGAGUUGUGAGAUAUGUCGGAAGCCGGACAACAGCCGUAUGGUAGCGUGUGAUUCGUGCGGGCAGUGGUAUCAUUUUGAGUGCGUUAGUGUGGAUUCGACUGUACAGGAUGUGGAGUGGUGCUGCAGGAAGUGUCUGGAGACAGCAAAACAACUUCCAUCUGGUACAUCUACACCUAAUACCAAUACUGGAACACUGCCAAAGUCGGGAACCAGCAAGCCAACGGAUUCGGGUCUGGAAGAAUAUCUACGGAAGCAGCUAGUGGCGAUGCAGAAAAAGUUCGAACGGAUGAUGAAGGAGAAAGAAGACCAGCGUCUGAAGGAGCUCCAGGAUCAACGGAAGAAAUACGAGCAGGAUCUGAAAGAUACGGAGCGUCGUGUACUUGAGCAGGUGGAAAGGCAGCAUCGGAGAAUCAGCUCGGACGAAGGGGGAGCUACGGCGAAUUCGACUGGCAAUCAGCCCGUACAAAUCGAUUUCAGUGGUGGAUGGACGGCGAAUUCGACUGAAAGUGAAAACCCUCGACUGCUUGGAAGCGGAUUACCGAUGGCCAGUGGUGGAUUGACGACAGAUGCUAUUGGCAAUCAACCGUUGCAAUUAACGUUUGGAGCUGGGCCGACGGCGAGUUCGACUGGUAAUCCACUGCCAAAAAUCAACGUACAAGACGUGAGCCACGGUGACGAUGUCCUAGCUCAGGAAUUGAAGUUGCUUGAGGAUAAACAAGCAUUAGAGAGAAGGCAUUUGGAGGAGCGGAAACGACUUCUACAACGGUAUGCAGCGGUCGACGGAGGUGCAGCUAGUGCAGGAGCUGGACUGAAUCCUCAGGCGACGGUGUUCCGACCGAGUGUUAGCGGUCUCUUGGGUGUUUCUUCGCUAAGCCAAAGCCAAAUCUCUGCGCGUCAAGCCGUCAACAAGGAACUUCCACCAUUUUCCGGAAAUCCCGAAGAAUGGCCACUAUUCUUGGCCAGCUACGAGAACUCCACCAGGAUCUGCGGAUACAGCGACGAAGAGAACAUGUUGCGUAUUCAACGAAGCCUGAGGGGUAAGGCUUUAGAAGCGGUCCGCUGUCGUUUGCUACAUCCAGCGAACUUGCAGGGAGUUCUGGCGACGUUGAAGACUCUUUUCGGAAGACCAGAGAUCAUCGUUCAUUCGCUAGUGAACAGGAUACGGGAGAUGCCAUCACCGAAAGCAGAGAAGUUGCAGACACUGAUUGACUUCGGUAUAGCAGUCCAAAAUGUUUGCGCAACUAUCACUGCUUCAGGUCUGGAUGAAUACAUGUGCAAUGUGGCGCUGUUGCAGGAGUUGACGGAGAGACUGCCACCGUCAGUAAAGUUGAACUGGGCGUAUCACCGGCAAGGACUGAACAGAGUUACGUUGGCGGAAUUCGGAGACUGGCUAGGAAAGUUAGUUGAAGCGGCAAGCAUCGUUACGAUACCGUCCAUCAGCGCUCCAAAGCUCGAAAGACGUGGAAGGAAGGAAGACAACUACAUCAACGUUCAUUCAGAAAGCAGUGAAGCUCCAGCGAAGAUUCGUCCGAUAGCUACUACAACUUCGAAAGGAUGCGUUGUUUGCCUGAACGAGUGCAGCGGUCCAGAAAAGUGCAAACGGUUCAACGAAAUGGACGUCGCAGCUCGUUGGACAGUUGUCAAGGACCAGAGGCUGUGCAGGAAGUGUCUUCGGAAGCAUUUCGGUGCCUGUGAGGUCAAAAUACCAUGCGGAAAGAACGGUUGCUCGUUCAUGCAUCACAAACUGCUGCAUGACGAUAAACGGUACAGCAAGCCUGCGGCUCCGGCACCAGAGAAGCCAAACGAGGCUCCAACGACACAAAGCUGUAACACGCAUUCGAAGGCAGCGACAAAGGUGCUAUUUCGGUACGUACUGGUGACUAUCUACGGUAGAGGAAAGCAAAUCAAAACCUUUGCCUUUCUCGACGACGGAUCGUCGGCGACUUUAAUCGAGCAAGGUCUGCUGAAGGAGAUCGGCCUCAAAGGAACACCAUAUCCAUUGUGUCUCGACUGGACAGGCGGUCAGCGACGUGAGGAAAACGAGUCGGUUGUGUUGGCCCUGAAGGUUUCCGGAAUUAGUGAAGGCAACGAAGUAUUUGAGCUACCUGAGGUGCAUACAGUUCGAGAUCUUUCGCUUCCGAAACAGUCGUUAUCAGUUCCACAAAUGGCAACCAAAUACAGCUACCUAGAGGGAUUGCCGCUGACAUCCUACGAUAGCGUUUCUCCGCGAAUUCUGAUAGGAAUGAACAACUGUCGUCUAGGCCAUGCGUUAAGAAGCGUAGAAGGAGGCGAAAACGAGCCGGUGGCGUCGAAAACCCGUCUGGGGUGGAUAGUGUAUGGUCCCUGUUCAAUGGAGUCUGGCGCGACAAACUCUGGCGGUUAUCACAGCUUCCACAUCUGCCCGUGCGUCAAGGAGGAGGAUAAGGAUCUAAAUUCAGCUCUGAAGGAGUUCUUUUCGAUAGAGUCGAUAGGUAUCGCUGGCCCAUCCAAAUCGCUGCCGUCGAAGGACGAGGAGCGAGCUAUGAAUAUUCUGUCAACCGAAACACGAUUGGUAGGAAACCGCUUCGAGACUGGCCUACAAUGGCGGUAUGAUCAAUUUCAGUUACCCGACAACAAGGGGAUGGCUUUAAAGCGUCUAGCAUGUCUGCAGAAGCGACUGAAGCGAGAACCGGACCUAGCGGUAGCAAUGCGAGCGAAGAUGUCUGAAUAUGAAGAAAGGGGCUACAUCCGUCGAUUAUCGGCAGCAGAGAAAGCAGAAAAGCAUUCCAACGAUUGGUAUCUGCCGAUUUUCCCGGUUACCAACCCUAACAAACCGGGAAAACUACGGAUUGUAUUUGACGCAGCGGCAAAAGUCAACGGCGUCUCACUGAACUCAUUUCUUCUUACGGGACCUGAUCAACUGGUAUCGCUACUCGCUGUUCUGUACAAGUUCCGCGAAUUCCGUAUCGCUGUAGUGGGAGACAUCCGAGAAAUGUUCUUCCAAGUCCAGAUGAAGAAGCAGGAUCAGCGAAGUCAGAUGAUCCUGUGGAAUAAUGGGAAUCCAGACAACGAACCCGAAGUGUACGCUGUUACAGUCAUGACGUUCGGGGCGGCGUGCUCUCCAAGCUGUGCACACUACGUGAAGAACCGGAAUGCUGACAGAUUCGAGGAACAGUAUCCAAGAGCGGUCGAGUGCAUCAAGUACGAGCAUUACGUCGAUGAUAUGUUGGCGAGUGUUGAGACCGAGGAAGAAGCUGUGCAGCUGGCCAGUGAUGUACGUUCGAUCCAUGCUCAAGGAGGCUUCGAGAUACGCAAUUGGCUAUCGAAUUCCAGCGUCGUCGUCGAGAGUCUGCACGAAAACUCUGCCACGGAGAAGAAUCUGAGUUUCUGCGCGGAGAUGACAACGGAGAAGGUACUUGGAAUGUGGUGGGACACCACGACCGACACAUUCACGUUCAAGCUGUCACCAAAGCACGAUGCGGAGCUGCUGUCAGGAGCCAGGAUGCCGACAAAACGUGAAGUUCUAAGGACGCUUAUGGCCAUCUAUGACCCAAUGGGACUUAUUGCCAAUUUUCUCAUCUACUUAAAGAUUCUACUGCAGGAAAUCUGGCGUUCCGGAUGCGGUUGGGACGACGAGAUCGAUGGGAAGCUGGCGGAAAAGUGGAUGACAUGGAUUGAAGCGCUGCCGAAUGUCCGUUUGGUCAGUAUUCCCCGCUGUUACCGAAUUGAAACAUCAGCUGAACCGACAAACACCGUAGAGCUGCACAUUUUCUGUGAUGCGAGCGAGAAUGGGAUGGCGGCCGUGGCGUACUUCAGGUUCGAGGAAGAAGGAAAAGUGGAAUGCGCUCUGAUUGGGUCAAAAACUCGCGUGGCUCCUCUAAAGUUCCUCUCAAUCCCUCGCCUUGAGCUUCAGGCUGCUGUUUUAGGAGCUCGCCUUGCAGAUUGCAUUGCCAAGUCCCACCGGAUGAAGAUCAAUCGCCGCGUCUUUUGGACCGAUUCCCGCGACGUAGUCUGUUGGCUGCGAUCUGAUCAUCGACGCUAUAGCCAAUUUGUAGCGUUCAGGGUCAGUGAGUUGCUUGACACUACACAAGCCAGCGAAUGGAGGUGGCUGCCAACCAAAAAGAACGUAGCGGAUGAAGGAACGAAGUGGCAAAGGCUGCCAGACUUUCAACCAAGCGGCCGCUGGUUUCGUGGUCCCGAUUUUCUGUGGCAGUCUGUACACCAAUGGCCAGGAGAUAGCGGAGAUUUGGGAGCAACCGUGGAGGAGAUUCGACCCAGUAUUCUACAUCAUACAGUCGGAGUCGGCGAUACACUGGUGGACUUCGAACGGUUUUCGAAAUGGAAACGUCUGCUGAGAUCGGUCGGAUACGUUCAUCGUUUUGUCAGUAACCUCCGGAAGCGGACCAUGAAGCUGACCUUGGAACUUGGGCCGCUAACACAGGAAGAACUGAAGCUGGCAGAGAACACCAUCUAUCGACUAGUUCAGCAGCAAGCAUUUCCGGACGAAAUUCAGUUGAUCCGCGACAAAUUUCCGCAGACGAAUCCAUGGGAGCGAAUCUUGCCGAGAAGUAGUCCGUUGUACAAGGUCAGCCCGAUCAUCGACGAACACGGCGUUCUACGAAUGCAAGGACGGAUCAACGCCUGCGAAUGGGUAGAUGAAUCUGCCAAGAAUCCAAUUCUACUCCCGAGGCAAAACUACGUGACCAACUUGGUGAUUGCUGACUUCCACGCGACAUGUCGACAUCAAAACCACCAAACAGCACUGAACCAGAUACGACUGAAAUACAGCAUUCCUCGUCUUCGAACAGAAUUCGAUCGUGUCCGCAGAAACUGUCACCGUUGCAAAGUUCGCCGAGCCAGACCGCAGCCCCCAGCAAUGGGAGAUCUACCGCCUGCCCGAUUAGCAGCGUUUCAACGACCAUUCUCCUACACGGGAAUCGAUUACUUCGGGCCGAUGUCAGUGCUAGUCGGCAGACGGUCCGAAAAACGAUGGGGAGUUCUGCUCACCUGCAUGACAACCAGGGGUGUACACAUCGAGGUUGCACAUUCGCUGACGACAGACUCGUGCAUUCUGGCAUUGCGCAACUUCAUAGCACGAAGAGGCGCACCGUUGGAGAUUAUCAGCGACCGAGGAACGAAUUUCAUCGGAGCUUCACGAGAGCUGCACGAGGCACUGGAGCACGUCAACGAGGAGAAGCUCAUGGCCGAGUUUGUCAGUCCAGAUACCAAGUGGACGUUCAACCCGCCAUCUGCGCCGCACUUUGGAGGCUGCUGGGAGCGUUUGAUUCAGUCAGUCAAGAAGACCAUGAACGAUUUCGACCCUCCCCGACUCCCAUCAGAUGAAAUUCUGCGAACGAUGCUGAUGGAAGUCGAGAUGAUCCUGAACUCAAGACCACUCACUGAAAUACCGCAAGACAAUGACACCGAACCACCCCUAACACCAAAUCACUUUCUGUUAGGGUCCACUAAUGGGAGUAAGCCCCCGAUCACGUUUGACGACAGACCUACUGUACUGAAGAGAUCGUGGAGGAUGGCACAGCUGUACGCAGACAACUUCUGGAAGAAGUGGGUGGCUGAAUAUCUUCCCACGCUGACACGUCGGACGAAAUGGUUUCAACCCGUCAGACCCAUCAUGGAAGGCGAUCUGGUGCUGAUUGUGGACGGUACUCUCCCCAGAAACUGUUGGCCGAGAGGACGUGUGAUCCAGGCAGUCAGAGCAAAGGACGGACAGGUCCGGCGCGUCACCGUGCAGACAGUAAGUGGACUUCUGGAGAGGCCUGCAACUAAGGUUGCGGUAUUGGACGUCGGUGCUAGCGGAGGUAAGCCACUUGAGCCACAGUGGCGUACCGAGGGGGAGUGUUGCAACCCUUCGGAAUGCAACGCACCUCCUUCUACAUCAACCUUGAUUUCGAACAGUAAGUAG